AUGACUAUAACCAUUUCAAAAUUGGAAUUUUUACAGUAUCACAAUAACGUGUAUACUAAUGAUGACGAGAGGAAUUAUAUUCGGUUAUUUGUCGAAUCCAAAGGAAGUAGUUUCCGGGUGAAGGGUAUGGGUAAAAAUUUAUCAGAGUCGAGCCAAGAUAAUUCAAGGACUACUGAAAUAUUUAAAGGACCACAGGGAAUUGAACUAUCUAAUUUAGUUAUCGAUGCUGAUACAUUGGAACAUAAUAUGGCUUGUAAUGAGGAUGAUAUUGAAGAUGAAGAUGUUAAGGCGUAUAUAGUAUCACAGAAGUCUCAUAAACUUCGUUUUCUACAAGAGGUGCAAGAGAAAGGGUUAAAAACAAAACAUAACGACACUAAUGAUAAUGAUAAGGUAAUUCAUAUGAAUUACUAG